GGAGGCGGCGGGCGCCGCGAAGAAAGGAACAUGGCUCCUGAGGCGCACAGCGCCGAGCGCGGCGCCGGGCACCCGUGCGCCGGACGCCAGUGACCGCGAUGGUGAACUCCAGCCGCGUGCAGCCUCAGCAGCCCGGGGACGCCAAGCGGCCGCCCGCGCCCCGCGCGCCGGACCCGGGCCGGCUGAUGGCGGGCUGCGCGGCCGUGGGCACCAGCCUCGCCGCCCCCGGCGGCCUCCGCGACCAGCGGGGCCUGGAGAUCGAGAUGCAGCGCAUCCGGCAGGCGGCUGCGCGGGACCCCCCGGCCGGAGCCUCGGCCUCCCCUUCUCCUCCGCUCUCGUCGUGCUCCCGGCAGGCGUGGAGCCGCGAUAACCCCGGCUUCGAGGCCGAGGAGGAGGAGGAGGAGGAGGUGGAAGGGGAAGAAGGCGGAAUGGUGGUGGAGAUGGACGUAGAGUGGCGCCCGGGCAGCCGGAGGUCGGCGGCCUCCUCGGCCGUGAGCUCCGCAGGCGCGCGGGGCCGGGGGCUUGGGGGCUACCACAGCGCGGGCCACCCAAGCGGGAGGCGGCGCCGGCGAGAGGACCAGGGCCCGCCGUGCCCCAGCCCGGCCGGCGGUGGGGACCCGCUGCAUCGCCACCUCCCCCUGGACGGGCAGGCGCCCCGAGUGGCCUGGGCGGAGAGGCUGGUUCGCGGGCUGCGAGGUCUCUGGGGAACAAGACUCAUGGAGGAAAGCAGCACUAACCGAGAGAAAUACCUUAAAAGUGUUUUACGGGAACUGGUCACAUACCUCCUUUUUCUCAUAGUCUUGUGCAUCUUGACCUACGGCAUGAUGAGCUCCAAUGUGUACUACUACACCCGGAUGAUGUCACAGCUCUUCCUAGACACCCCCGUGUCCAAAACAGAGAAAACUAACUUUAAAACUCUGUCUUCCAUGGAAGACUUCUGGAAGUUCACAGAAGGCUCCUUAUUGGAUGGGCUGUACUGGAAGAUGCAGCCCAGUAACCAGACUGAAGCUGACAACCGAAGUUUCAUCUUCUAUGAGAACCUGUUGUUAGGGGUACCACGAAUACGGCAACUCCGAGUCAGAAAUGGAUCCUGCUCUAUCCCCCAGGACUUGAGAGAUGAAAUUAAAGAGUGCUAUGAUGUCUACUCUGUCAGUAGUGAAGAUAGGGCUCCCUUCGGGCCCCGAAAUGGAACCGCUUGGAUCUACACAAGUGAAAAAGACUUGAAUGGUAGUAGCCACUGGGGAAUCAUUGCAACUUAUAGUGGAGCUGGCUAUUAUCUGGAUUUGUCAAGAACAAGAGAGGAAACAGCUGCACAAGUUGCUAGCCUCAAGAAAAAUGUCUGGCUGGACCGAGGAACCAGGGCAACUUUUAUUGACUUCUCAGUGUACAACGCCAACAUUAACCUGUUCUGUGUGGUCAGGUUAUUGGUUGAAUUCCCAGCAACAGGCGGUGUGAUUCCAUCUUGGCAAUUUCAGCCUUUAAAGCUGAUCCGAUAUGUCACAACUUUUGAUUUCUUCCUGGCAGCCUGUGAGAUUAUCUUUUGUUUCUUUAUCCUUUACUACGUGGUGGAAGAGAUAUUGGAAAUUCGCAUUCACAAACUACACUAUUUCAGGAGUUUCUGGAAUUGUCUGGAUGUUGUGAUCGUUGUGCUAUCAGUGGUAGCUAUAGGAAUUAGCAUAUACAGAACAUCAAAUGUGGAGGUGCUCUUACAGUUUCUGGAAGAUCAAAAUACUUUCCCCAACUUUGAGCAUCUGGCAUAUUGGCAAAUACAGUUCAACAAUAUAGCUGCUGUCACAGUAUUUUUUGUCUGGAUUAAGCUUUUCAAAUUCAUCAAUUUUAACAGGACCAUGAGCCAGCUCUCGACAACCAUGUCUCGAUGUGCCAAAGACCUGUUUGGCUUUGCUAUUAUGUUCUUCAUUAUUUUCCUAGCAUAUGCUCAGUUGGCAUACCUUGUCUUUGGCACUCAGGUCGAUGACUUCAGUACUUUCCAAGAGUGUAUCUUCACUCAAUUCCGUAUCAUUUUGGGCGAUAUCAACUUUGCAGAGAUUGAGGAAGCUAAUCGAGUUUUGGGACCAAUUUAUUUCACUACAUUUGUGUUCUUUAUGUUCUUCAUUCUUUUGAAUAUGUUUUUGGCCAUCAUCAAUGAUACUUACUCUGAAGUGAAAUCUGACUUGGCACAGCAGAAAGCUGAAAUGGAACUCUCAGAUCUUAUCAGAAAGGGCUACCAUAAAGCUUUGGUGAAACUAAAACUGAAAAAAAACACUGUAGAUGACAUUUCAGAGAGUCUGCGGCAAGGGGGAGGCAAGUUAAACUUUGACGAACUUCGACAAGAUCUCAAAGGGAAGGGCCAUACUGAUGCAGAGAUUGAGGCAAUAUUCACAAAGUACGACCAAGAUGGAGACCAAGAACUGACCGAACAUGAACAUCAGCAGAUGAGAGAUGACUUGGAGAAAGAGAGGGAGGACCUGGAUUUGGAUCACAGUUCUUUACCACGUCCCAUGAGCAGCCGAAGUUUCCCUCGAAGCCUGGAUGACUCUGAGGAGGAUGACGAUGAAGACAGCGGACAUAGCUCCAGAAGGAGGGGAAGCAUUUCUAGUGGCGUUUCUUACGAAGAGUUUCAAGUCCUGGUGAGACGAGUGGACCGGAUGGAGCAUUCCAUCGGCAGCAUAGUGUCCAAGAUCGACGCCGUGAUCGUGAAGCUGGAGAUUAUGGAGCGAGCCAAACUGAAGAGGAGGGAGGUGCUGGGAAGGCUGCUGGAUGGGGUGGCCGAGGAUGAAAGGCUGGGUCGUGACAGUGAAAUCCACAGGGAACAGAUGGAACGGCUAGUGCGUGAAGAGUUGGAACGCUGGGAAUCCGAUGAUGCAGCUUCCCAGAUCAGUCAUGGUUUAGGCACGCCAGUGGGACUAAAUGGUCAAUCUCGCCCCAGAAGCUCCCGCCCGUCUUCCUCCCAGUCUACCGAAGGCAUGGAAGGUGCAGGUGGAAAUGGGAGUUCUAAUGUCCACGUAUGAUAUGUGUGUGUUAGUAUGUGUGUUUCUAAUAAGUGAGGAAGCGGCUGUCCUGAGUUGCUGUAACAAGCACACUAUUUAUAUGCCCUGACCACCACAGGAUGCAAGUCUUUGUGACCGAUUGCUAACCUUCUGCACUUUAAUUUAUUUUAUAUAAACUUUACCCAUGGUUCAAAGGUUUUUUUUCUUUUUCUCAUAUAAGAAAUCUAGGUGUAAAUAUUGAGUACAGAAAAAAAAUCUUCGUGAAGUGUAUUGAGUGGUACGCCCAGUUGCCACCAUGCCUGAGUCUUCUCAGUUGACAAUGAAGUAGCCUUUUAAAGCUAGAAAACUGUCAAAGGGCUUCUGAGUUUCAUUUCCAGUCACAAAAAUCAGUAUUGUUAUUUUUUUCUGUGUGAAGGAGAAUGGGGCAUUCCUUUCCACUCUGGCAUAGUUCAUGAGCUUAAUACAUAGUUUUCUUUUAAGAAAGGAGCCUUUUAUUUCAACUACCUUCCUGGGGUAAACUUUUCUAAAAGAUAAAAAGGAGCAGAACUCCAAAUCAUUGAAUGGGUAUGUAGUCAUUAGGAUAGAAUCUGUGUGAAUGGUUAAGAUGAAUGUUAAAUACUAUGCUUUUUUGUAAGUUUAUCAUAUCUGAUGUCUGUGGGACUACCUGUGUCACUUAAUUUUUACAUUAUUUUGGCUCUAAUUUGAAUAAGCUGAGUAAAACCACCAAAGGUCAGUUAUAGGAUAAAAUGGCAUCUCUAACCAUAACACAGGAGAAUUGGAGGGAGCCCUAAGUUGUCACUAAGUUUAAUUUCUUUUAAUGGUUAGUUUAGCAUAAAGAUUGAUCUACAUGUUCUUUUUCCCAUGUGGCUCUACUCAUUUGCAACUGAAUUUAAUGUUAUAACGAAUCUAGUAAGAACAAGUUACUAAAUUUUUAGUAUGCACUGAAAGUUUUAAUUCAACAAGUAUGUUCAUUUUAAGCAAAAUCUUAAGAAACUUUUGAAAUCCAUAAAGCAUUUGGUUUUAAACUAUUUUAAGAAUAUAGUACUCGGUCAGGUAUGAUGGCUCACGCCUGUAAUCCCAGCCCUUUGGGAGGCCGAGGCAGGCGAAUCACUUGAGCCCAGGACUUUAAGACCAACGUGGGCAAUGUGGUGAAACCCCAUCUCUACAAAAAAUGCAAAAAUAAAAAAUACAGUACUCAAGUAUUCUUGAUCCUGUGUUUCAAAACUAGAAUAUAUAAUCCAAAUGGAGCUCAAUCUAAUAAGAAAGAGGUUUUGGUAUUGAAAGUUCAUACAUUAGACAGUAUCAGCCAAAAUUUGAGCUAGCAACACUGUUUUCUUUACGAGAGGGUCCACCCAAAUUUAUGGGGAGAAAUCUAUUUCUCAAAAAGAAAAUCUUUUACAGAAAUGUUGAGUAAGGUGACAUUUUGAGAGCUAAUAAGCAAAAGAGCAUGCAGUGCUGUUGAAUAACCCUCACUUGGAGAACCAAGAGAAUCCUGUCGUUUAAUGCUAUAUUUUAAAUUCACAAGUUGUUCAUUUAACUGGUAGAAUGUCAGUCCAAUCUCCAAUGAGAACAUGAGCAAAUAGGCCUUUCCAGUUUGAAAGUGAAACAUACUGGGUUUCUGUUAAGUUUUUUCCUCACGGCUUCAUCUCUAUCUUUACUUUCUCUUGAAUAUGCUACACAAAGUUCUUUAUUACUACAUACUAAAGUUUGCAUUCCAGGGAUAUUGACUGUACAUAUUUAUGUAUAUGUACCAUGUUGUUACAUGUAAACAAACUUCAAUUUGAAGUGCAGCUAUUAUGUGGUAUCCAUGUGUAUCGACCAUGUGCCAUAUAUCAAUUAUGGUCACUAGAAAGUCUUUUUAUGAUACUUUUUAUUAUACCGUUUUUCAUUUCACUUGCAAAAUUUCGCAGAAUUCCACCUUUCUACCCAUAAAUUACAUAUAUUUUUCUUCUUUAGUCAUGGAGAAUUCCCCCCUCAUCUCUUCCCUAUUAUCUUUCCCUGUGUACUGGUAUUAUUAAAAAGAUGUUACAUAUGCAGGUCUUUCUCGACAAUCAAGAAUGUUAUUAAUGUGUAAUACUGAGCACUUUACUUCUCAAUAAAAACUUGAUAUAGUAGCAGA